AUGGAUUCUCUUGUCCCCUACUUCGGGAUUCAUACUUAUUCUGUUUUGUGUUGACCAUUUAUAUGCCAUUCAGUCAAAAAUCCUUAUUAUUAUUAUUAUUAUUAUUAUUAUUAUUAUUAUUAUUAUUAUUAUUAUUAUUAUUAUUAUUAUUAUUAUUAUUAUUAUUAUUAUUAUUAUUAUUAUUAUUAUUAUUAUUAUUAUUAUUAUUAUUAUUAUUAUUAUUAUUAUUAUUAUUAUUAUUAUUAUUAUUAUUAUUAUUAUUAUUUUAUUAUUAUUAUUAUUAUUAUUAUUAUUAUUAUUAUUAUUAUUAUUAUUAUUAUUAUUAUUAUUAUUAUUAUUAUUAUUAUUAUUUAUUAUUAUUAUUAUUAUUAUUAUUAUUAUUAUUAUUAUUAUUAUUAUUAUUAUUAUUAUUAUUAUUAUUAUUAUUAUUAUUAUUAUUAUUAUUAUUAUUAUUAUUAUUAUUAUUAUUAUUAUUAUUAUUAUUAUUAUUAUUAUUAUUAUUAUUAUUAUUAUUAUUAUUAUUAUUAUUAUUAUUAUUAUUAUUAUUAUUAUUAUUAUUAUUUAUUAUUAUUAUUAUUAUUAUUAUUAUUAUUAUUAUUAUUAUUAUUAUUAUUAUUAUUAUUUAUUAUUAUUAUUAUUAUUAUUAUUAUUAUUAUUAUUAUUAUUAUUAUUAUUAUUAUUAUUAUUAUUAUUAUUUAUUAUUAUUAUUAUUAUUAUUAUUAUUAUUAUUUUAUUUAUUAUUAUUAUUAUUAUUAUUAUUAUUAUUAUUAUUAUUAUUAUUAUUAUUAUUAUUAUUAUUAUUAUUAUUAUUAUUAUUAUUAUUAUUAUUAUUAUUAUUAUUAUUAUUAUUAUUAUUAUUAUUAUUAUUAUUAUUAUUAUUAUUAUUAUUAUUAUUAUUAUUAUUAUUAUUAUUAUUAUUAUUAUUAUUAUUAUUAUUAUUAUUAUUAUUAUUAUUAUUAUUAUUAUUAUUAUUAUUAUUAUUAUUAUUAUUAUUAUUAUUAUUAUUAUUAUUAUUAUUAUUAUUAUUAUUAUUAUUAUUAUUAUUAUUAUUAUUAUUAUUAUUAUUAUUAUUAUUAUUAUUAUUAUUAUUAUUAUUAUUAUUAUUAUUAUUAUUAUUAUUAUUAUUAUUAUUAUUAUUAUUAUUAUUAUUAUUAUUAUUAUUAUUAUUAUUAUUAUUAUUAUUAUUAUUAUUAUUAUUAUUAUUAUUAUUAUUAUUAUUAUUAUUAUUAUUAUUAUUAUUAUUAUAUUAUUAUUAUUAUUAUUAUUAUUAUUAUUAUUAUUAUUAUUAUUAUUAUUAUUAUUAUUAUUAUUAUUAUUAUUAUUAUUAUUAUUAUUAUUAUUAUUAUUAUUAUUAUUAUUAUUAUUAUUAUUAUUAUUAUUAUUAUUAUUAUUAUUAUUAUUAUUAUUAUUAUUAUUAUUAUUAUUAUUAUUAUUAUUAUUAUUAUUAUUAUUAUUAUUAUUAUUAUUAUUAUUAUUAUUAUUAUUAUUAUUAUUAUUAUUAUUAUUAUUAUUAUUAUUAUUAUUAUUAUUAUUAUUAUUAUUAUUAUUAUUAUUAUUAUUAUUAUUAUUAUUAUUAUUAUUAUUAUUAUUAUUAUUAUUAUUAUUAUUAUUAUUAUUAUUAUUAUUAUUAUUAUUAUUAUUAUUAUUAUUAUUAUUAUUAUUAUUAUUAUUAUUAUUAUUAUUAUUAUUAUUAUUAUUAUUAUUAUUAUUAUUAUUAUUAUUAUUAUUAUUAUUAUUAUUAUUAUUAUUAUUAUUAUUAUUAUUAUUAUUAUUAUUAUUAUUAUUAUUAUUAUUAUUAUUAUUAUUAUUAUUAUUAUUAUUAUUAUUAUUAUUAUUAUUAUUAUUAUUAUUAUUAUUAUUAUUAUUAUUAUUAUUAUUAUUAUUAUUAUUAUUAUUAUUAUUAUUAUUAUUAUUAUUAUUAUUAUUAUUAUUAUUAUUAUUAUUAUUAUUAUUAUUAUUAUUAUUAUUAUUUAUUAUUAUUAUUAUUAUUAUUAUUAUUAUUAUUAUUAUUAUUAUUAUUAUUAUUAUUAUUAUUAUUAUUAUUAUUAUUAUUAUUAUUAUUAUUAUUAUUAUUAUUAUUAUUAUUAUUAUUAUUAUUAUUAUUAUUAUUAUUAUUAUUAUUAUUAUUAUUAUUAUUAUUAUUAUUAUUAUUAUUAUUAUUAUUAUUAUUAUUAUUAUUAUUAUUAUUAUUAUUAUUAUUAUUAUUAUUAUUAUUAUUAUUAUUAUUAUUAUUAUUAUUAUUAUUAUUAUUAUUAUUAUUAUUAUUAUUAUUAUUAUUAUUAUUAUUAUUAUUAUUAUUAUUAUUAUUAUUAUUAUUAUUAUUAUUAUUAUUAUUAUUAUUAUUAUUAUUAUUAUAUUAUUAUUAUUAUUAUUAUUAUUAUUAUUAUUAUUAUUAUUAUUAUUAUUAUUAUUAUUAUUAUUAUUAUUAUUAUUAUUAUUAUUAUUAUUAUUAUUAUAUUAUUAUUAUUAUUAUUAUUAUUAUUAUUAUUAUUAUUAUUAUUAUUAUUAUUAUUAUUAUUAUUAUUAUUAUUAUUAUUAUUAUUAUUAUUAUUAUUAUUAUUAUUAUUAUUAUUAUAUUAUUAUUAUUAUUAUUAUUAUUAUUAUUAUUAUUAUUAUUAUUAUUAUUAUUAUUAUUAUUAUUAUUAUUAUUAUUAUUAUUAUUAUUAUUAUAUUAUUAUUAUUAUUAUUAUUAUUAUUAUUAUUAUUAUUAUUAUUAUUAUUAUUAUUAUUAUUAUUAUUAUUAUUAUUAUUAUUAUUAUUAUUAUUAUUAUUAUUAUUAUUAUUAUUAUUAUUAUUAUUAUUAUUAUUAUUAUUAUUAUUAUUAUUAUUAUUAUUAUUAUUAUUAUUAUUAUUAUUAUUAUUAUUAUUAUUAUUAUUAUUAUUAUUAUUAUUAUUAUUAUUAUUAUUAUUAUUAUUAUUAUUAUUAUUAUUAUUAUUAUUAUUAUUAUAUUAUUAUUAUUAUUAUUAUUAUUAUUAUUAUUAUUAUUAUUAUUAUUAUUAUUAUUAUUAUUAUUAUUAUUAUUAUUAUUAUUAUUAUUAUUAUUAUUAUUAUUAUUAUUAUUAUUAUUAUUAUUAUUAUUAUUAUUAUUAUUAUUAUUAUUAUUAUUAUUAUUAUUAUUUAUUAUUAUUAUUAUUAUUAUUAUUAUUAUUAUUAUUAUUAUUAUUAUUAUUAUUAUUAUUAUUAUUAUUAUUAUUAUUAUUAUUAUUAUUAUUAUUAUUAUUAUUAUUAUUAUUAUUAUUAUAUUAUUAUUAUUAUUAUUAUUAUUAUUAUUAUUAUUAUUAUUAUUAUUAUUAUUAUUAUUAUUAUUAUUAUUAUUAUUAUUAUUAUUAUUAUUAUUAUUAUUAUUAUUAUUAUUAUUAUUAUUAUUAUUAUUAUUAUUAUUAUUAUUAUUAUUAUUAUUAUUAUUAUUAUUAUUAUUAUUAUUAUUAUUAUUAUUAUUAUUAUUAUUAUUAUUAUUAUUAUUAUUAUUAUUAUUAUUAUUAUUAUUAUUAUUAUUAUUAUUAUUAUUAUUAAUAUUCAUUUACUUCGGUUUAAUAUAA